UCCUCGUACCUACGUUAUACUCUGCCUGGUUGACUUUCCUACUGGUUCUCCCUCGCGGGUUUGCCAGCAGUUCGUCCACUGUUUGGUUCUCGUGUCGUUUCCACUUUAGUACCAAGAUUCGUACGAUUCGGCCUAAGAAAUCUUGAAAAGAAGCCUUCGGUAGCACAUUUUGCUGUCUGCGCUGCGACGCACUGCCAUCUUUUGAGACUUGACGCAUUGUGCGCUGGUAGUCGUUGCCUUUGUUACCGUCUUACUCCCUUUGAGUGCUACUUACAGCUCUCUGGGGUUAUAUUGACUGCCUGCGACCUCUACCUAGUAUAGGACCCCCGUACCUUCGCAUUAUACGUCCAUGAGCAGCUUCGUGCGGUGGAGUGAACAAGAUGAGCCAAAUUCUGACCCCACGACAAGCUGAAGAGCUGCACAAAGCUAUUAUUGCGUACUUGUCGUCCAACAAUUUGCCUAAUACGGCCGCUGCUUUGAGGGAAGAGCUGGGUCUUGGUGAUACAUUCGAUGCUGCUACUUCUAAGAAAUAUGAGGGCCUCUUAGAAAAGAAAUGGACCAGUGUUGUAAGGUUACAGAAGAAGAUUAUGGAAUUAGAGUCGAAAACGGCUACUCUACAGUCUGAAUUGGAUAAUGCGACACCUACCUCUCUGUCUAAGCGAAACCAAGACCCGUCUAGUUGGCUACCUCGAUCUCCGCCACGCCAUACUCUGGAAUCUCAUAGGGGUCCUAUUACUUGCGUCGCCUUUCAUCCCGUCUUUUCUUCCUUAGCUACAGGCUCCGAGGAUUAUACGAUAAAAAUAUGGGAUUGGGAGUUAGGCGAGCAGGAACGUACAAUUAAGGGACAUACAAAAGCAGUGUUGGAUGUUGAUUUUGGUGGUCCCCGAGGAGGGACCCUUCUGGCGUCGUGCUCGAGUGACCUAACUAUCAAGUUGUGGGAUCCUUCUGAUGAAUACAAGAAUAUUAGAACUCUACCCGGACAUGACCAUAGCGUUAGCGCCGUUCGUUUCAUCCCCUCGGGCGCAGCAGGUGCGCCGAGUUCUAGCAACCUUCUCGUAUCUGCUUCUAGGGAUAAGACGUUACGUAUAUGGGACGUGACGACGGGUUAUUGCGUCAAAACGAUACGAGGGCAUGCAGAUUGGGUCAGAGACGUCUGUGCGUCGCCGGAUGGCCGUUAUCUUCUAUCUGCCGGCAAUGACCAGACUGCUCGCCUCUGGGAUAUCUCGCUUGCUAAUCCUGAAAGCAAACUGACACUUGUUGGUCAUGAACAUACGGUCGAGUGUUGCACUCUUGCGCCGCCUUCGACUUAUCAGUAUCUUGCGCCACUUGCCGGCUUAAAAAAGCCACCACCAGCAUCGAGCACUGCGGAAUUUAUGGCGACAGGUUCUCGAGACAAGUCGAUACGGAUCUGGGAUGCGAGAGGCAACUGUAUCAAAACGCUUCUCGGACACGACAACUGGGUAAGAGCAUUAGUGUUCCACCCAGGCGGGAAAUAUCUCAUCAGCGUAUCUGACGACAAGACGUUGCGAUGCUGGGAUCUGACCCAGGAGGGGAAAAACGUAAAGACGCUUGUUGACGCACAUGGCCACUUUGUCUCCUGUUUAAGGUGGGCCCCGGGUAUUAUACGGGAGCCCGCGACGAACGGCUCUGGCGAAGGUCAAAAUGGAACAUCUUUAAAUGGCAUUGCAAAGGCUGCUGUCGCUGCUGAGGUGCAAAUCCGGUGUGUUAUCGCAACAGGGUGUGUGGACUGCAAAUUAAGGAUUUUUGCCAACUGAGAUCACAGCCGCGGCGUGUGGUAGGACUUGAAAACGAUGUUGUUGUCGUUCUGGCGUCACUCUAGCGACCUUGGGUUUCUGUCAAAGCUUAAAACGCUUCUAUAGCUGCACUAACCAGGUCUCGAAGCAAAGGGCUGAGGCGCGUACCCUCAGAUAUUGUUGCCGAACAAGCAAAAAAACUGCAAACCUCGCAAGCUAUGCGGUUCGCUGAAGCGGCGCGGGAAGACGUUUAGAAACAAGCUUUAACGCCAGGGAUA